AUGCAUGAAAUUUUGUUGGCCUUGGAUGAGGGUGGUGCAGACCUUGCUGUUCUGACGGAAACUAAGAGAAAGGGUAGAGGCAAUGAGGACCUAGACAACUACAUACAUUUGUGGUCAGGCGUGGACAAAUCGCGGAGAGCAGCGGCUGGAGUCUCUAUCCUCAUCAACAAACGUCACAAGAACUAUAUCAAGACAUAUGAGUACAGAUCGGAAAGAAUCAUGACCUUAACGCUUUCUAUAUAUGGUUACGAUACCACAGUGAUAGCGGUGUAUGCACCCACAGAUGAUUCUACACAACAGCUUAAGGACGAUUUCUAUGCUGAUUUAUCAGGGAUUUUGGAUGCUAUUCCUCAUCACCGGGAGGUUAUUCUUACUGGAGACCUAAACGCAAGAGUCGGAUCAAGGUUCGACCAUGAUGUGGUAGGGCAGUUCUGUGAGAUAUGUGUUAACAACUCUGGAGAGAUGCUUGUGAACUUCUGUGCUCAAAGCUCUUUGAAAAUCCUGAAUGGGUUCUUUGAGCAUAAAAAAAUACACAGAUACACUUGGGAGAGACCAUCUCUACAUCAGAAAUCUGUUCUGGAUUAUUUCAUAUGUAGACAGAGAAGUCGGUUCGGGUGGCAGGAUUGCAGAGUGAAAAGAGGUCCAAACUGUGGAUCCGAUCAUUACAUGGUGGAGGCUAAGAUGGUAUGUCCUUUUGUUAUGAAACAACCGAGUAAACAGCCGGAAAAUGAAGAACAACAGAAAUUACCUAAGGAACAGAGAUGGAAUUUAUGCCUGUUGCAGCAGGAAAGUAUAAGAACCCUAUAUCAAAGACGACUAGCAGAAGAGCUUAGAACUAGACUGCCAAACAAUAACGUGGAAACUGAAUAUGAAAACAUAAAAGCUGCACUACAAUCAGCUGCAAUGCAAGCUCUGGGUCCAAUGCCGGUCAGAAAAAUGAAGAGAAAACCUCCAUGGUUCACAGAGGAAAUAAAAAAACUAAUAGAGGAUAAAAAUAACUUAUUUAACAACUGGUUAGCAAAUAAAAAUCAAAACAGUCGAGACAGAUAUAGGAGCAAGAAUAGAGAGCUGAAGAAGAAAAUCAAAGAAACUAAGGACCGAUUCUGGGAGGAGAAAUGUUACCAAAUUGAAAACUAUAUAGGUGGAGCACAAUCAACGGAGGUCUGGAGAACAAUUAGAUCACUCAAAACCAAUGAGACGAAUAAAACACAAAUAUAA